AUGGCUGCUGAACUAGGUAGCGCUGCAGUUUCUGGCAUUGCAUCAAAAGCUGUAGAAUCAGCGUUUGAUUCCAUUGGACAGCAUAUAUCUUAUUUGUUCAAGUACCAGAGCUACAUCGAUGAUCUCAAGAAUCAAGUUGAGGAUCUGGGAAAUGCAAGAGAGAGGGUGGAACAUCAAGUUGAUGAAGCUAGAAGACGAGGGGAAGUGGUUGAAAAGGAUGUGGAGCAAUGGCUGAAAAGAGUAAAUGAGUUCACUGAAGGGGUUGUAAAACCCAUAAUUGGUGAUGAAGAUAAAGCAAAGAAGCAUUGUUUUAUAGGGUUGUGUCCUAAUUUGAUUCAGCGUUACAUGCUCGGCAAGAAGGCAGGGAAAGCGUUACCAGGUGGUGCUGAUCUGUCGGGAAAGGGGAACUUCAGUAGUGUUUCCUACCGUCCUGCAAUACAGAGGACAGAAUCUGUUUAUAUUAAAGGCUAUGAGGCCUUUGAUUCUAGGAUGCUAGUUUUGCAAGAAAUUAUGGAAGCAUUGAAGGAUGCUAAUGUUAGCAAGGUUGGUGUGUAUGGGAUGGCUGGAGUGGGCAAAACUACACUGGUGAAAAAAGUAGCUUGGCAAGCCAAGGAAGAUAAGCUAUUUGAUGAGGUGGUCAUGACUACGGUAACACAAACACCAGACUUUAAGAAAAUCCAAGAAGAAAUUGCUGAUCAAUUAGGCCUAACAUUCCUUGAGCAGACUGUAUUCGGAAGAUCUCUUCGAUUACGUGACAGGUUAAACAGAGAGAAGAGGAUUCUAGUAAUAUUAGAUGAUAUAUGGGCUAAACUUGAUUUGGAUGCGGUGGGAAUUCCUUAUGGAGAUAUUCACGAGGGAAUCGGCCAAGAAAAAGAAGUUUGGAAAGGCAGAAAAGAUGAUGAGAGGCGAUACAAGAUAUUGCUCACGUCUAGAGAUCAACACGUAUUAUGCAAUCAUAUGAAUAUUCAAAAAAACUUCUUGGUUGAUCUUUUAUCAGAGGAAGAAGCAUGGUAUUUAUUUCAAAAGAUCGUGGGUGAUUCUGUUGAAACCUUUGAUAUUCGACCUAUAGCAGUAGAAGUGGUUGGGAAAUGUGCACGUUUGCCGAUCGCUAUUGAAACAGUAGCAAAGGCUCUAAAAAGUAAGAGUCUUCCAGUUUGGGAGGAUGCCUUGGGUCAACUAACAAGGUCUAAUCCCAGACAAAUUGAAGGAAUGGCUGAAAGCGUGUGUUCUAUUAUAGAACUCAGCUACAAUUUUUUGAGAAGUGAGGAAAAAUCACUAUUUCUUCUUUGCGGUUUGUUGAAUACAAGUUGUGGUAUAGUCAUUAGUGACUUAUUAAAAUAUAGUAUGGGUUUGGAUUUGUUUCGAGGUGUUUAUACCCUUGAAGAUGGAAGAAAUAGAUUGCUUACGUUGAUCCAUAAUCUCAAAGCUUCGUCUUUGUUGUUGGAUGGUAUCACCAAUUAUUCCGUUAAAAUGCAUGACAUCAUUAAUGCUGUUGUUAUAUCAAUUGCAUCCUCAGAUGAGUUUAUGUUUAAUAUUAAAAAUGUUGGUGAUUUGAAAGACGUACUGGAGCAAAAAAUACCCAAAACUUCAACUGCUAUAACUUUGCCUUAUGGAGAUAUUGGCGAUGAGCUUCCGCAUAGUUUGGAAUAUCCGAAACUCAAGUUCUUUCUUCUAUUCAGCCAAAAUCACUCUCUGCAUAUCCCAGACCUCUUAUUCCAAGGGAUGAAAGAACUUGAAGUUUUGGAUUUGACUGGAAUUCAUCUCCUGUCACCACCUUCCUCACUCCGCUGCCUAAAGAACCUUCAAACACUGUGUUUGGAUAACUGCCUACUAGAAGAUAUAGCAAUAGUUGGAGAGCUUAAGAAAUUAAAAAUUCUUAGCCUGCUGCGCUCUGACAUAAAAAAGUUACCUGGAGAAAUAGGACAAUUGACUCGGUUGAAGAUGCUGGAUUUGAGCGAGUGCUCAAACUUGAAAGUAAUUCCACCAAAUGUCAUUUCAAGCUUGUGCCGAUUAGAUGAACUAUAUAUGGGCAAUAGCUUCCUUCAUUGGGAGAUUGAAGGACUAAUCAACAAUCAAGAACAAAAGAAUGCUAGUGUUCUUGAGUUGAAGCAAUUGUCUUGUCUUACCACUCUAGAGAUACACCUUCAUGAUCUCCAGAUUAUACCACAAGACUUGUUUUCAGAGAAGUUGAAAAGAUAUAGAAUACUUAUAGGAGAUGUGUGGGAUUGGAGAUGGUCUGCUACUUAUGGUGAAACCACGAGAAUGUUGAAAAUCAAGCUCAACAACAGUAUUUCCUUGAUCCAUCGAGUAGAAAUUUUGUUGAAGAAAACUGAAGAACUCCAUUUAGAAUUGAAUGGUGUUAAAAAUGCUAUUGAUGAACUUGAUGAGGAUGGUUUUGCACAAUUAAAGCAUCUUCAUGUGCAAAAUGGUCAUGAGCUCUUGUAUAUUUUAAACUUUGUUCCUAGCAAAACUGUCUUCCCUAUGCUAGAGUCAUUAUCUCUUCAUAAUUUGAUUAAAUUAGAGAAGAUAUGUCAUGGCGAACUCUAUGCGGAGUCUUUCAGCAAACUAAGAAUUUUGAAGGUUGAAAAAUGUGAUAUGUUGGAGCAUCUCUUCUCGUUCUCCGAGGACAUAAAGUUUUCGCAGCUUCAAGAAAUUGAAGUCAUUGAUUGUAAGAACCUAAAGGAGAUUUUUGGUGAAGAGAGUGUAGACUUAGUGGUUGAAAACGAAAGGAAUGGUAAGUUUGAGUUCACUCAAUUACGUUCCCUAGUACUACAAUGCCUACCACAAUUCAUAAGUUUUGGCGUGAAGGUUGUUUUGCCAAGAUUGGAGAACUUGAAACUGUCCUCAAUUAAAAUUGAAGAUAUAUGGCUUGAUCAACCUCAACCAAUGUCUUCCUCUUUUCAAUGCUUAAAAAGCUUAACUGUGGAAGAGUGUAAUGGUUUGAAAUUUCUGUUUUCAUCCUCCAUGGUCAAAAGUUUUAUGCAAAUCCAAAAGCUAGUGAUAUGCAAUUGUAAGUCAAUGGAAACAGUGAUAGUGGACUCAGAAGAAUUAGAAGUACAAGAUAAAGUAAUUGAUAUGAGUUUUCCUAAAUUGUUUGACCUAAAGCUUGAGGGUCUUCCAAAACUCACAAGAUUUGGCAGCGGAAAUUCAAUUGAAUUUCCCUCCUUGAUUAAACUUCACAUUGAGAGUUGCUCUAAUUUGAAGACAUUCUUCCCCAAUUUUUCUGGUGUAGACAUGUUAAGAAAAGAACCUGAAGAAGUGAACUUGGAGGACCAUAUUAUUGAUGGAAAUGCCCUUUUUGACGAAAAGGUUGCUUUUCCAAGUUCGCAGGAGAUGAUACUCUCACACUUAGAUAACUUACAGUUGAUAUGGCACAACCAACCCCAUGGAUAUUCCUUUUGCAAAUUAAAAGAAGUGAGACUUGAAUUCUGUGAAAAAUUGAUGACUAUUGUCCCAUCAAAUUCUACUCAAGGACUUCUUACCUUUCACAAUCUAGAAAAGUUAAUUCUUAGAAGAUGUUGGAAUAUGAAAAGUCUAUUUCCAAUUUCCAUAGCUACUGGUCUUUUGCAACUUAAAGAGCUUAUGAUGAUCUCUUGUGGGUUGGAGGAAAUUGUUACCAAGGAGGAAGUAGAUGGGACCCCCAUAUUUUUGUUUCCUCAAUUAACCAUCCUCCAACUUGACAAUUUACCAAAUCUCAAAGCUUUCUACAUGGGAUUGCAUACAAUAGAGUGGCCAAUACUAAAGGAAUUGUAUGUGUGCAAUUGUGAGAGAAUAAAGGUAUAUGCUUCAGAUGGAGAGAACCAACCUGCCCUGUUUUCAUUUGAAAAGGUGAUACCCAAUUUGGAAAUAUUGGGUUUAAAUGCCGAAAUCAAUACAUCUAGAUGCCUUGAUCGUAUUCCAACUAGAAGCUUUCGGAAACUUAAAUUUCUUUUACUGGUUGAACUUGAUAAGAAAUCAAUAGCAUUUUGGUUUAGUGUUCUUAAAAAAUUGGACCAUCUGGAUUCACUCUAUCUAUAUGAUAGUACUUUACAAGAACUAUUCCCAUAUGAAGGAUUUUUAUGGAAACAAGAUUCUCAAGUUGGUUUCCCCAACUUAGAACAUCUAAAGCUCUCUGAAUUCCCUACAUUAGAAGAAAGAUUUUGGAAUGCCAAAGUUCCUACCAGGUUAUUCUACAGUUUAAAGUUGUUGGUUUUGGACAUAUGUUUGGACACAUCAAGUGCUGUUCCGUUCGAUGUGUUAUGCAACUUAAAAAAUCUUGAAAUAUUGGAAAUAAGAAGUUGUAAUUCACUGAGAGAAGUGUUUGAUAUGGAAGGAAAACUAAAUGCUGAUAGACAUACCUUGAAGAAAACUCAUCAAGAAGUGUUGGACUUCAACAACCUGAAAUCGCUUAAAGUUCACAAUUGUUGCAACUUGAGAUAUAUAUUUACUGCAUCUAUCAUUUUGCGUCUUGCUCAACUUAGAGAUAUGGAAGUAAAAAACUGUGCUUUGAUAGAAGAAAUCAUAUUGAAAGAAGAAGAAAAGGAAUUGGACAUUGACAAAAUUAUGAUACCCCAAUUGAACUCCAUUAUUCUUGAGUCAUUGCCUAACUUGACAAGCUUCUAUUCAGGAAUGAAUACUUUGGAAUGUCCUGCCUUGAAAGCUAUUACAAUAACCAAAUGUCCAGAGAUUGAGACAUUUAUUUUCACUGAUAAGAAGCACCAAUCUGACCACAUUGCUCCUCUUUUCAAUGAGAAGGUCAUGCCCAAGUUGGAAUCAUUGUGUUUAGAUGACUUGAGACUAAUAUGUCACAAGACUCACAACCAUAUUCCAUAUGAGGGAUUCUGCAAACUAAAAGAACUUCUGCUGGCUGAGUUAGAUGAUGAAUCAAUUCCAUUUUUCUAUGGCUUCCUCAAAAGUCACCGGCGGUAUUUGUAUUUCAAGCGGAAUCCAGCUCAAGCGGCACUGGUGUUUCUAUCGAACGACGUCACAAGCCACAGGGCCUCCGUCACCGGCGGCACUCAUUCUAGCACUCUCGGUCACAAGCGGCAGGAUGAUGAUAUACAGCAAAUGGACAAGAUCAAAAUGGAAGUGGGAGGCAAAGCGGCUAAGAUUGUUUUGGUGUUUCAGCAGGAAGACUAUCCCCACAGAGGUCUAACCAUUCAAGUGUGCUCCAAAUGUUGUUUUGAUUUUGGUGAGGAUGAUGAGGGUUCAAGUAGUCCUAGGUCAGUUUCUAUUAAGACCAAGAAACUGGAAGGAGUGAGAGAGGGAAUUCAGGGCAAACUAGCUCUUUACCAUGUAAUCCCAUUUCUGAGAACAAAAAAUAUCUGCUUUUUGAUCUGGAAUGAUGAAAUUCUGGAGUACGUUGCAGAAUUGGAUUUCAAAAGUUAUGUGUGGUUGAAGAUUUUAGCUGGACUCCUACAGUUGCAAAAGGUUUCUUCACAGCUUCAUGAAAUUUUUCAAGUGGUGUUGGUGCUGAAGCCUUUUUCAAAGGCUAUGAUUUGCAAGCCUGUAGGAAUUGUUUGUAGUUUUUUGCUAAUAUUUCAUGUUACUGAUGUGGAGGCUAAAAGGAAGUUUUGA